CUUUCACGAAGCUUCGGUCCUCUUGUCUACCUCAACAAACUGUAGGCUAUCUCAACCCUCUAAUAACUUGAUGGAAAAAUCGACAUAUCAGUGCAUACAGGAUACAACUGUCUUUGUUGUUAUCAAUGGGAGAUGAUGAAGACGUCUUGAUCAAUGCGCAAAUAGAUGAAGGUUCUAGGCACGAGAGGAAAUAUCACAAAAUAUGGGCAAACUCCAAUCAAAACAUGGUAAUACUUGGUAUUUAGUUUCGUUUCAGAAGCUACUGUAUAUCUCUUAAUAACCUAAAUGUAACAAUAUUUUCUUUCUCUCUUUAUGUUUCCAUUCCAUGCAUAAUUUGGAUAGCCUGUAAACGCAGAGAAAAUCCUGAAGGUAAAGAAUCACAUUUAGGAAAGUCUCAAAUGUAUGUCUCUCAAACAUAGUGUUAUGCAGGAUAUAGACCAUUUCUUUUUUGUUUGUUUGUUUCUUCCAGGUGGUAGUUUUGCUGCCAAUGUGCUCACCUGUCAUAGAGAGCUGGAACAUACGGGUCUCCACACCCACAAAAUCAGAUUCAAGCAGGUACUGUACAAUGCAUUUUCCAGAGAUAUUGAGAUAUGAUUAACAUUUCUUUUGUUGGCAGAUUUUCAGUGAGAAAGAGGGAAAAAGUCAUCAGAAAUCAGUAGCCAUAUACCCUACUGCCAAAUCCUUCUCACACCUAAAUCCCCAUAGGCCUUCUUCCCUAGGAUGGUUCUUUGGUUUGUCAAUGCUAACAGUUAGUUGUUUACCAAACACUAGUUUGUAUUUUGCAUCCUGGGGGGUUAGCAUCCUUCUCUGGACCAUGUUCAUGAUGCAUCUGCUUCUGGCUCUUUCUGGCCUAGAAAUGCCUGUAAAUGGAAAGCAACACAGACACAUGUGUGUCAUUAGAGUUGAGAGGAUUGAACUUGGAUAAUGACGCUAACAAGAACCAGAAUGGUGGAGUCCUGUGACGGGUGAGCUGAAUGGAACACAGCCUCCCAGAGUGGAAGAGCUUAGAACCCUAAUGAAAAAAUGAAGGCAGUGUAUGAUACAUUGGUUCUUAUCUAAGACAAAGGGAGGCAAAUUGACAAUUCUCAAUAUUGAAUACAUUACGUUGUAUUCAUCAAUCUUUAUACAUAAAUCACAGCCAAAGUAUGUACCAUCUGGGUAAACAACAAAUAACAUUUUGAAUUGCUGCCUUCUCAGUCUUGUUGACAUCCUGAUUCAUCCAUCCAUAGAGGAUUGACACUGUCAGUCACCACUUCGCACUAGGGUUCACUGACUCGGAAUCACAUGUGCAUGAUGUCUCAGCCAGGUCUGCCCCUCCCUCCCUCCCUUCCAGUCCCAGCCAAGGCAAAGCAACCACAAGGAUGAUAGAACAGUAUAAGCACACAGCCAAGCCAGGGACAUGAAAGGUGUUUGGAGAGCGGCUUUUUUCCCCCUGCUCCUUCGUUUGCUCUCUGUGAGAGGAGGCUGUCAUGUCUGUGUGAAAUGCAUAUGGCCGCUGUCCAGAACAGCAGGGUCUUUCAUUGCCGCCACACUGAAACCCCACAUCUGGUGCUGGCGGCGGGGGGGGGGACGGGGACAAGGUAUGGUAGGCGGAGUGUCUGGCGGUGGGUGGAACCCCUUCACAUGUAGGCUUAGUAGUGUUAAUGAGACGGUCACAUUUGGGAAGCUGUAGCAUAGUGAGAGUACAACAUCUUGAUGCUCAUAACUCUUCUUUGACUCUUAAUUGUGCGACCACUCACUGCCUCACUCACAUAUUUUAAAUGUCUUCUUUUCUCUCUCGCAAUCAUCUUUCAACACUUGGAAAGACCCAUUGGAGCCAUUUUGAAUGCCUGCUGUAGUGCCAUUUUGUACUCAUUGUGGCGGUGAGGAGGUGUUAAUGAAGUGUUGGUCUAUGUUGCUGUCUCUCUGGAGCCUGUAAUUAGGAAAGAGAGGCUGAGCCUGCCAGGUUUCUGUAAUGAGACCAAGGUCUUCCACGUCUUUUUAAUGACAGUUCAGUUGUUCCUGUGAUUCUGUAUUCCAGCUCCUCCAUUAGCUGCUCCAUGGCACCACUGCUUAUGUAACUGCCAGCAGGGGGUCUAGCUAGCUACAGUUUGUAGUGUACUGGUAUACUGAAUGUUCUUUGCCUGGGCACUUCAUGCGUGUGUCUGGCUGUCUUAAGAUUAUGUUAAAUGUUUGUCCUCUUUUCAGUAAGGAAGCUUGAUUAUAGUGUCAACUGUGAUGCCUCGAUCGUGGUGUCCAGUGUCUAGCAGUCACACGUACUGUAUCACUUGUGUCAACAUCCUACAGCCUCAGGUCAUAGACCCAGUGAGACGCCAAAGCUCUCCGUCACGCACCCUAUUCAAAGAGCCCACUGUUAGUCAUGGAAGAAUUCCUAUUUUCUUCCAUCUCCUUCUCCUCUUCUGGCUGCUCAACUUCAAAAAGUGGAGCAAAAUCCUGAAUUAAUGUGUGCUUUCAUUUCUGUAAAGAUCAUUCUGUGGUGAUUCUACUCAGUUCUAUGUGUGCGUGUUUAAAAAAAAUCCUGUUUCGAUAUCUGUAAUAAUAUGCCAUUUAGCAGACGCUUUUAUCCAAAGCGACUUACAGUCAUGCGUGCAUACAUUUUUUUUUGUGUAUGGGUGGUCCCGGGGAUCGAACCCACUACCUUGGCGUUACAAGCACUGUGCUCUACCAGCUGAGCUACAACCUUAUUUCCAACAGGAUGUUAAACAAUUUCAGACUUGCAGAACAAUUAACCUCAAUAUUGACAUACUGUUUCUGUUUAAUUACAAGGACUCAGGGUGGAGUGUUGACAAUAUCACCUGAAGCAAUAACAAAGGCACUUUUCAUUAUUAAACCUGUUUGUCCAAGGCAGGUCUGGAUCAUGUACAGCUCAGUCAAGUGAGCCAGAGAGUCUGUAUAAUGUACAAACACAAAGUAGAAAAAAAGUUGUCUGAUAAAAUGCAACCAACCAUAUCAGAAUCGGAUUGCAGUUUGCAUCAAUGUCUCUGUAUGGAUUUCUAUUUGGAACUGCAGUGUUGGUUAAACUGGGCCAGUCAUUCUGUUGUGUUUGGAGAAGGAAUCUUCCUUCUAAUUCUCUUCUUAUGUUUCCACCAAGGUGUUUCUGUCCUGUUUGUUGACCCAGAGGUUUCUGUUUGUUAUUCUACUGUUCAGACUCUGGUCUGUGAUCAUAUUUGGCCUGAAAUCGCCUCCCAGAACAUUCCAGCUCUAUGCCAGGGAAGCCGGUUUUCCCAAACACAGAUUGGAUUGUUCAGGUGGCUGGGUCUCCCUUUCAUGUUUGGUUACCCACCUUGUUUGUUGGGCUGUUAGCUCAGACAGAGGAUGAGCGAGAAAGAGAGACAGACAGACAUACAGAGAGACAGAGACAGAGAGACAGAUAGAGACAGAGGCUGAGAAAGAAAACAUGGUCAUGUCAGUAGGUGGUGAGAACCCUUGGACAUCUCUACCCACAAUGAUCUGACAUUUUCCCACUGCUUUCUGCCCUCAAGGCCAGCAGAUCUGAUUUGCCAGUUGGAGAGAGGCCCAGUUCUAUAGCUAGAUACUCGUACAGACUCUGGCUCCAGCGUUUCCUCACCCAACCACAGCUCAACAUCCAAAUCCCUCCCUCAGUUCCCCUCCUCCAGAAAUCACUCACAUCUGGUUUCUGUGAGCAAGGUCAGACCUCUAAAAAUGAGAACUUCUUAAUGGUUAUUCUCUGACUUAACGUUAACUAUUGCCUGAGCCUGAAAACAACCCCAACCCCCUUUACAUUAUUUGAAUAUGAACUUGUAUACCAACUUCCAGAGACUUAUCUUCCUAUUAUGUAUAUAACAGAAGCCGAUUCACAUAAACUCCUGCGAUGAAGCAACCAUCCUUCCCCAUACAGCCCCACCCCCAUACGAUCAACCACCUAUCCAGGUAUUGGUUGACAGGAACAGAGAUGAUCAACCACCUUUCCAGGUAUUGAUUGACAGGAAGAGAGAUUGUUAAAACAAAGCCCUGUACUGUUCUCUUCCCAGGGCUCUGCGUUUGACUCUAACUAAAGGCAGGUGGGAGAGAGGGGGCCUACAGGACAGGAUGCAAAGCUUGGUGACACCCAGUUGAGUGCAGGAAAGGCCCCCGCUCCCCUCCCCUCUCGGUUGGUAACCCUACCCCAGAUGAAAGGGCCCGUAGCAGGCAGAGCGUGGCGGUCGAUGGCAGGGGUUUGGCUGGUAUGCUGGUUGAAGCCAUCAGCAGUCAGGGUUAUCUGUCAGCAUGGUCCUCUCAGACUCCACAGGCUCUUUGUUACUCAUCUGCAUCUGUCAGAGCUGUGGGCGGCUGGCUGCUGGGAAUGUCUGUGGUGGAGACAGUCAGACGCACAGAUCCAAUGUUUUGGUGCUUUCACUGUCCUUUUUUGAAGGUAUGGUUUCUGACUUGUUGCAACAGAGGGCUGGAUAUCAUAUGCUCAGAUCUUGAUAGGUCUUGAUAGCACAUGCAAUAUGCUCAACACCAUUCAAGGGAACACCUAGUUUCAAAGUGUGGGUACUCACCAAGCAACAACUACCCAGUGGAUUAAGUCUCCUGAGUGGCACAGUGGUCUAAGGCACUGCAUCGCAGUGCUAGCUGUGCCACUAGAGAUCCUGGUUCGAAUCCAGGCUCUGUCGCAGCCGGCCGUGACCGGGAGACUCAUGGGCGGCGCACAAUUGGCCUAGGGGAGGGAAUGGCCGGCAGGGAUGUAGCUCAGUUGAUAGAGCAUGGCGUUUGCAACGCCAGGGUUGUGGGUUCGAUUCCCAUGGGGGGCCAGUAUGAAAAAAAAAUAUAUGUAUUCACUAACUGUAAGUCGCUCUGGAUAAGAGUGUCUGCUAAAUGAUGUAAAAUUUAGUUGAAGUUAAUAGCCCUUUUGAGCCCAUUGGCAUUAUAAAUAGGUUGUAGUCUCAGCAGGUUCAUGAACAUAGUCUGUACAUUUACGAUGUGUUAUUGUUUCCAUAUGUGACGCUCAGUUCCACUCAUAUAUGGGAACUCUGUAGGUGAUAAUACUUUAAUACCAAGAGUGACUUAAUGGAUUUACUUUUACUGGAUAUAGUGAUGUCAAAGCUGGCAUGGUCAGGGCAUGAGCAUGACUGCCUGCCUGCCUGCUCUUACAGUAAAUUCACCCUUAUAGGUUCUAUUUUUCUCCAAUGCUUUAUUCCCUCUCUGAGAACAGAAUAAAAACAUUCUCAUUUACAGCAAUGACCUGGGGAAUAGUUACAGGGGAGAGGAAUGAGCCAAUUGGAAGCUGGGGAUGAUUAGGUGGCCAUGAUGGUAUGAGGGCCAGAUUGGGAAUUUAGCCAGGACACCAGGGUUCACACCCCUACUCUUACGAUAAGUGCCAUGGGAUCUUUUAGUGACCACAGAGAGUCAGGACACCUGUUUAACGUUCCGUCCCAAAGACAGCACACUACACAGGGCAAUGUCCCCUAUCACUGCCCACAGUGGAGGUGUAUUAAUACCCAUAAAACCUAGUGGUGAAACAAGGAAAUGGUCCCAUUCGUUUUCAGUUUCCUCUUAGGGGAUUUUAGAAACACUUCAAAUAAGAGCUGUGUUUCGUGUAGGCUUACUGGUGUGACAUUUUGAUAACCAUGUAAAUCUCUCUCGGACAAGGUGACUUUUAUAAAUAUAUUCGGCUCUAUUUACGCUCAGAUUCAAAAAUGCUAAUUAGCCUCAAAGUAGACAUCAUGCAAAACUACAAAUCCCUGCAAGCUCCUGCACGUCAUCUCUAGCUGACACCUUUGCUAACAGGUAUUGUGUCAAUUUAAAACCUGCACAAGACAGUUCACAGAAUUGGCUAUUUUAAAGAAAUUGUGCACAUUUAUGAAUGACAAAAUUUAGCUAACAUUAGAUGGUUAAUCCAGAGAUUCUUACCUUUGCCUCGAUUAGUCAGUCUCGUCCAGAUCAUCAUGGCAUUUGUAGUUCUUUAUCAUAGCCACAUUAGCAGCUAAUUAGCAUUUCAUUUUUAGGGGGUAAAUACAGGUGAAAAUAUUGAUAAAAGUCACCUUGUCCUAGAGAGAUUUACACGGUUAUCAAAAUGUCACACCAGGGUAAGCCUACACAAAACACAGCCCUUAUUUGAAGUGUUUCUAAAAUCCCCUAUGAGGAAAAUGAAUGGUGGAAAAAUGAUUGGGACCAUUUCCUUGUUUCACCACUAGGUUUUAUGACUCAUACUGGGGUACUCUAUUGGGAUCUUUUUUUAGACCAGAGGAAAGAGUGCCUCCUACUUACUGGCCUUCCAAUACCACUUCCAGCAGCAUCUUGUCUCCCAUCCAGGGACUGACCCUUCUUAGCUUCAGUGGCAGUGUGAUGCAGGAUGGUAUGCUGCUGGAAGCGUCUUGACCUUCUGUUCCCCACUCGGUCCCAUGUGACAAGGUUCCGGGGUUCUCCGCUGACCCUCUGUACAUCAACUGUAGAACACACUCUGUCCCAGUGAGCGGAGGAGAUCAGGGGUCAGAUUAGAGGCUCAGCUUUCAUCCCAAAGGGGAAAUGAAUUACUACUGGUCCUGUGCUAGCUACUUGUAUAUCAAAUUAGCGUUCUUCUAUGGUGUGUGUGUGUGCGUGCAUGUGCGUAUUUAGUAUUUAGAGCUGUGUCUGCAUUACAUCUGAUUAGUUAUAGAACACAUAAGGCUUUAAUGAAUUUAUCGGAAGUUGAGGUGAACUUGAAAACAUCAGCUGGGAGCUGGUUCUCACAGUAUUAUUUACCCAGAUGAUGACAAACAAUAGGCCCCCAGACUAUCAUAGAUUUCCUGCUCUCACAUAAUUUAUUGCUUCCUUGUCUUUCUCCUUCUCCCUCUGUAUAUCCCCCCCCCCCCAUCUGUGACUUCUUCUCUCCUAAUUCUCACUUGGUCCAUCCCUCCUCUCCUUCUUUUUCCAGGAGUUGUGCAGAAGGGAAGUGAAGGAUGAGCAGUCCCUGAACCAUAAGUGCCCCCUACAGGGUGAGUAGAGAAAGACGGCUCAGUGGAUCAGGCUGAUCACAUUACUGUUGCACUGAUCCAAAUCUAGCAUUCCAAAUCUAGCAUGCAUCAUUAACUUAACAUCAUAGACUUACUCAAUGAUUGACCUGUUUGAUUCGGUAUGGUUAAUAUCUUAACUAAAAAUUCCCCUUGCUUGUCGGUGAAACCUGGGAUACUGUGUGUGUUAUCGUCUGUAAACAGCAAACACAAAGGCUAAUGAGAGUAUACUUUGUUUGUUUUACAGUAGUACUGCCACCAGAGAAGGGAGGGGAGAAGGAGAGAGAGAGCUACAUCCACGUUCCAUUCAGACAGCCCAGGAAGAGGAACAGCCAUGUUGAUGUGAGUGGCUUUUGGCCUUUUACUGUCCUGUACACUACAACUACAAAAGGAGUUGAUCUAUAGAAUCUCUAUAUAGAGUAUAGCAGGGGUUUGUUUGAUGACCAUAAUAUGGUCCCUGUUGUGUUGGUUCACCUGUUGUGUUUGGUCCUAUGUAGCUCAGUUGGUAGAGCAUGGAGUGGCAAUGCCAGGCUAGUUGGUUCAAUUCCUGGGACCACUUGUACGUAAAAUGUAAGCAUGCAUAAAAGUGUCUGCGUAAUGGUGACAAUUAUUCAUGGUUACAGGACACAGAGUGUAACGUGGUGUUGGAAGAUGACACUCGACAGGAGUGGGUCUUCACACUGUAUCACUUUGACAACAGUGGUAAAGUCACCAAGGAGGUACGGUAGCUUCACACACCUGCAACUUUUGCACAUUAUGAGUUUUCUCUUAAGAUGAAGUCAACCCUGGAGCCUUGCUAAUGGUGUGUUUGAGUGUGUGUGUCUGUGUGUUACAGGAUAUGUCCAGUCUCAUGCAGUCCAUCUAUGAGGUGGUUGAAGCGUCGGCCAAGCAGCCGUCCUGUAGCAGCACAGCCCUGAAGGUCAAACUGGUGGUGGCCCCCUCCAGCAGCUCCGGCCGGGGCUCCAGAACAGGGGACAGAAUGGAGGAAGUCCAGCAGGAGGAGGCAGGGAGCCCAGAGAGGACUUUUCACUGUGUGGAUGAAAACACAGAACGCAGGAACCACUACGUAGAACUAGCUGGGAUAGAGAACUAUUCCUCCAAGUUUGACGAUGCAGGUAGGUACACAAUGACCAUUUAUUUUCAGCACUUUUGAGGCACAGAUCAUUAAAGUCAACAUGUUUUUACUGAAAAUACACCAAAGAUGAAUGACAUUCAUCAAAAAGAAAUGACAGCAUUCCAUGAUGUUUUCCAUCCUCUGCAGACGUCCCCUCUCAGGUGCCCAGACCGGACACCCGCUCAGAUCAGCAGCGCCGCUCAGUGGUGGUGGGGGAGAACUGCGGCCCUACAGAGUCCAAAGGCAGGGGCCUUUCCUUCCUCCGGUCUCUCAGGGGCCAAGCCAAAGCAGUGGGGGGAGACAGAGGAGGGGGAGGAGGAGGUGGGGAUAAAUCAAGCAAGCUCCAUUGCCACCACUCCUCCAUGUGGUGCCACCCCUCCCAGCCACACUCCCAGCCCCAACUUCCCUUACAGCACAGCCAGAGCAAGAGGCUUCGCUCCAGGGCCAGAGAGGCUGGGUCCCCCUCAAGAACCCUCCACCACCUACAGCAGUCUGGUUCUCAAGCUCAGCCAGGGGGAGAGAGGGUGACACUGCCCAGCCUGCCUGCCUACUCUGGGGGCUUGAUCCCCCUGGUUCAGAGGCAUGAGCACCACCACCACCACGAGCACCAUCACCACCACCAUCACCACCACUACCACCCCACAGCAUGA